GCCAGAAGCCUCCUUCCGGGGCCGGGGGGCCUCCGGCGCCCCUACCGGAGCCGUUUCAUCCCGGGGAGGCGGGCGAUCGGCGCGGCGCGGGACGCGGCACGCACCCGGCGAGCGCCCGGGGAGCGGGACUGGCUCUAAAGACAUUUUGGGGGAAAUUGAUGGGAGCUAAACCGUGGAAUGCGGCUCGCUUCCCCCCAUCUUGCUGGCUUGGCUGGGCAGCCUGGAAAAUGGUAAAUGAUCAUUUGGAUCAAUUACAGGCUUUUAGCUGUGUUGUCUGUCAUAAUUCAUGAUUCUGGUCUGGGAAAAAGACCAACAGCCUACGUGCCAAAAAAGGGGCAGAGUUUGAUGGAGUUGGGUGUACUUUUAUGUGCCAUUUUCCUCCACACCUAGAGGAAAGCACUUUUGCAGGCAUUCUGUGCAGGGGGAAUCAUGUUUGACUGUAUGGAUGUUCUAGCAGUGAGCCCUGCUCAGAUGCUGGAUUUCUACACUGCGAGUCCGUCUUCCUGCAUGCUCCAGGAGAAGGCUCUCAAAGCAUGCUUCAGUGGAUUGGCACAAACAGAGUGGCAACACCGGCACAGUGCUCAAUCAGUUGAAACUCAGAGCACCAGUUCUGAAGAACUUGUUCCGAGCCCUCCUUCACCACUUCCACCACCUCGUGUUUACAAGCCCUGUUUUGUCUGUCAAGACAAGUCAUCCGGAUAUCACUAUGGUGUCAGUGCUUGUGAGGGAUGUAAGGGCUUUUUCCGCAGGAGUAUCCAGAAGAACAUGGUUUACACAUGUCAUAGAGAUAAAAACUGUGUUAUCAAUAAAGUUACCAGAAAUCGCUGCCAGUACUGCAGACUACAGAAGUGCUUUGAAGUGGGAAUGUCCAAAGAAUCUGUCAGAAACGAUAGGAACAAAAAGAAGAAGGAACCUUCAAAGCAGGAGUCCACAGAAAACUAUGAAAUGACAGCAGAGUUGGAUGAUCUUACUGAGAAGAUCCGAAAAGCUCACCAGGAAACCUUCCCCUCACUCUGCCAGCUGGGAAAAUACACUACAAACUCCAGCGCAGAUCAUCGGGUUCGACUGGACCUCGGACUUUGGGACAAAUUCAGCGAACUUGCAACAAAGUGCAUUAUUAAAAUAGUGGAAUUUGCAAAGCGAUUGCCAGGCUUUACAAGUUUGACCAUUGCAGACCAGAUAACUCUACUUAAAGCAGCCUGCCUGGAUAUACUGAUCCUUAGAAUUUGCACAAGAUACACACCAGAACAAGACACCAUGACCUUUUCAGAUGGCCUUACCCUAAACCGAACUCAGAUGCACAACGCCGGAUUUGGCCCAUUGACUGAUCUCGUGUUCACGUUUGCCAACCAGCUCCUGCCUUUGGAAAUGGAUGAUACAGAAACAGGUCUCCUUAGUGCCAUCUGCUUAAUCUGUGGAGAUCGCCAGGACCUUGAAGAACCAAUGAAAGUGGAUAAGCUUCAGGAACCAUUGCUUGAAGCACUGAAAAUUUAUAUCCGAAAGAGACGACCCAACAAGCCUCAUAUGUUCCCAAAGAUCUUAAUGAAAAUCACAGAUCUUCGUAGCAUCAGUGCAAAAGGUGCAGAACGUGUCAUUACAUUGAAAAUGGAAAUUCCUGGAUCCAUGCCACCUCUUAUUCAGGAAAUGUUGGAGAACUCUGAAGGACACGAACCACUGACCCCAACCUCAAAUGGAAAUACUGCAGAACACAGUCCUAGUAUCUCACCCAGUUCAGUGGAUAACAGCAGUGUCAGUCAAUCCCCUAUGGUGCAAUAAGACACUUUCCAGCUACUUCAGACAUUCCUAAUACCUUACGUACAGGGAUGAAAAGCAAGAAAAACAUUUUUACUGCUGCUUAGUUUCUGGACUUAAUAUAUAUCUAUAUAUGUGUAUAUAUAUAUAGAUAAAAACUCAACAAGGACCAAGAAAUUUUCAUAUGUAUCGAUAUAUACUCCUUGCUGUUUAAACUCUUAAAACUAGAAAAAUGCAAACUUUCGAAACUCUGAAUCAGCCAUUUCAU